AUGAGUGGUACUACUUUGACGAAUGGCACAACGAGUGUGCCGUAUACGUUCGAUCCACGAAAUUUGGAAAUUAAAACGAAAUCAGUGGAGCAGACACUCGUCCCUCUGGUCACUCAGAUAACAACACUUGUGAAUUUCAAGGAGAGUUACUUGUCAAGCGGUAAAAAACGUUCCGAGAAAGCUCUUCGUUCUGCUUUAAAGAUAGGCUCUUCCGUUGAGGCAGCUAUCGAACGGUUUGUGGCAGUUGGUGAAACCAUCGCAGAUGAAAACCCAGAAAUUCAGCCCGAAAUGUAUGAUGCUUGCCAUGAAGCCCGACUAGCAGGUACCGUGCAUCGAUAG